AUGGACUAUUUCCUCCUCUGCUGUCGGCCAGUCUUAUCUCUGUGCUGUGUGGGAGCUGGAGCUGUUGUUUCGCCCACGGCCUCCAGGCUCCGCUCCUCUGCAGUCAGCCAGGUGUCUGCUGCCUCCUCAUGUCCCACUGGAGAUACUCAGUCUCCGCUUCGGCCUUUGCCUCAGUCUGCGGUUCUUUCCGGAACCACAGCCGACGCAGAGUCACUGAUCUCCAAAACGCCUCCGUUAGAAAUUGUCCAAGUCUGUGUCACGGAGCCUCACAUCUGA